AACGAAGGUGUGAGUGCGGGUCGAUACCUUUUUAAUCCCAGAAAAUUGAAAUAUAUAUAAGGUAGAAAAUUGUAUAACAGCAAAUUAUUUUUCCAAAUUUGUAAUUAGACACUGUAAUUAAUAUCCGGCGGGCGCUAGAUUUUCGUCUCAGGACAGAAAAAUUCUCUUUGUUUCCGACAACCUGAUGAUCCCUUUCUGAGGUUUGAGUAUAUGGAGUAUAAGAAGUGCAUAUCUUCAAUUGAUGCACCUUCAACAAGUAUGGCCCCUCUGAUUUAUGGUAAGAACGUCCAUGCUGCCUCUAGAAUAGAGGAGCAUGAGGAAGCUGAUCGUGACCGUUUUGCCGCUGUAGAUGUGGAUGUUGAUAUCAGAGAAGUUUAUUUUUUGAUUAUGCAUUUCUUAUCAACUGGGCCAUGCCAAAAGACUUUCAGGCAAAUCUUAGAUGAACUUCUAGAGCAUGAACUUCUACCAAGGAGAUUUCAUGCUUGGUAUUCUAGAACUGGCGGAGAAAGUGGUUUUAAAAGUGAUGAUGGCAUAUCUUUCCCUUUAAGUUAUGACAAUCUAAUGAAGAGCUGCUGAGACAACUGAUGUUGAGCACAUCACCUCCACUGCAAUCUAUUGCUGGAAGAACUGCUUUGACGGCUGCUGAUGUUCCAACACUGCUUGGAACUGGGCAGUUUUCUCUUUUGAGCUGUGAUAGAACUAGCUUAUAUAAGCAAUCUAGGCAAGUACCAUCUUACCUCCGUUGGCCUCACAUGCAGUCAGGUCAGGUUCGUGGACUUGGUUUAAGGGAAAUAGGAGGUGGUUUUUCAAAACACCAUCGAGCGCCGUCCAUUCGUUUUGCUUGUUAUGCUGUUGCUAAGCCAUCAAUGAUGGUGCAAAAGAUGCAAAAUGUGAAGAAACUAAGGGGUCACAGAGAUGCCGUAUAUUGUGCAAUUUUUGACCGCUCUGGUAGAUAUGUGAUAACCGGAUCAGAUGAUCGUCUAGUUAAAAUUUGGUCCGUGGAAACUGCCUUUUGUCUAGCCAGUUGUCGAGGCCACGAAGGCGACAUCACUGACCUAGCUGUUAGCUCAAAUAAUGUUUUGGUGGCUUCUGCUUCCAAUGACUACAGUAUUCGUGUUUGGAGGUUGCCCGAUGGAUUCCCAACGUCUGUUCUACGGGGACAUACUGGAGCUGUCACUGCCAUUGCAUUUAGUCCCAGACCUAGCUGUGUCUAUCAGCUUUUAUCGUCAUCUGAUGAUGGAACGUGUAGGAUAUGGGAUGCAAGAAAUUCAAAUUGUAGUCCUCGUAUCUACUUGCCAAGGCCUAUAGAAUUCAUUUCUGGGAAGACUAGCAACCUUACUCUAUCUAACGCAGCUUCUUCGAGUAAUAGUCCCCCAAGUCAUCAAAUUUUAUGCUGUGCAUACAAUGCAAAUGGAACCAUCUUCGUCACUGGGAGUUCAGAUACUCAUGCUCGGGUAUGGAGUGCAUUCAAAUCCACUUCAGAUGAUCCAGAACAACCAAGUCAUGAGAUUGACCUACUGUCUGGUCAUGAGAAUGAUGUUAAUUACGUUCAAUUUAGUGGCUGUGCUGUGGCUCCCAGAUCUUCAACAUCUGAAUUUUAUACAGAGGAGGGGGUUCCUAAGUUCAAGAACUCCUGGUUUAGUCAGGACAAUAUAGUUACUUGUUCGCGUGAUGGUAGUGCUAUCAUUUGGACUCCUAAAUCACGCAGAAUUCAGGGUAAACUGGGACGUUGGGUUCGUGCAUACCAUCUUAAAGUUCCUCCUCCGCCAAUGCCCCCUCAACCUCCUCGAGGAGGGCCACGUCAGAGAUUUCUUCCAACACCUCGUGGCGUAAACAUGAUAGUCUGGAGCCUGGAUAAUCGUUUUGUGCUUGCUGCUAUUAUGGACAACAGAAUAUGUGUUUGGAAUGCUACUGAUGGAAGCUUGGUGCAUUCCUUAACUGGUCAUACAGCAUCUACUUAUGUUCUGGAUGUUCAUCCUUUCAACCCCAGAAUCGCUAUGAGUGCUGGGUAUGAUGGCAAGACUAUUGUGUGGGAUAUAUGGGAGGGCAUCCCUAUAUGGACAUAUGAAAUUGGACGUUUCAAAUUGGUUGAUGGAAAGUUUUCACAAGAUGGGACAUGUAUUGUACUGUCCGAUGAUGUCGGGCAGAUAUAUUUUCUAAACACUGGCCAAGGCGAGUCCCAGAAAGAUGCAAAAUAUGACCAGUUUUUCCUUGGAGAUUACCGCCCUCUUGUCCGGGAUACUCAUGGCAAUGCCCUUGAUCAGGAGACACAACUUGUUCCAUAUCAGAGGAAUAUCCAGGACCCUCUUUGUGAUUCAAGCAUGAUACCGUAUCCAGAACCUUACCAGAGUAUGUACCAGCGUCGCCGGUUAGGUGCACUGAAUAUUGAAUGGCGCCCAUCAUCUAUCAAGCUGGCUGUGGGUCCUGAUAUUGGUUUGAACCAGGAGUACCAAGUUUUACCGGUGGCUGACUUGGACUUGGUGGUUGACCCUCCGCCUGAACUUUUUGAUGCAAUGUAUUGGGAACCGGAAAAUGAUGCCAUACACGAUGAGACAGACUCGGAAUACUUGGUCACAGAUGAAUGCUCCAGCGAAGAGGGGCAGGAGCAUUCAAGUGAUGGCGACUCAUCCAGUGAUCCAGAAUGCAGUGAAGGAAUCAAAGUUGGGCGAAGUCAGAAAGACAGGCUUCGCAGGUCAAAACGGAAAAAAUCAUUGGCAGAUGUUGACUCGUCGACUGCUUCUGGAAGAUGUGUGAAGAAGAAGAUAAACCCUGAGGCUGAGGGCCCUUCCUCUAGGAGUAAAAGAAAGAAGAAGCAACGAAAUGGGAGAAAACAUUCUUUGAAGAAGAAAUCGACCGAAGUGGUGAAACCUACGAGACCCCAGCGAUUAGCUGUGCAGAAUGCAGUUAAUGGUUCUUCAUAUGCUUCAGAAUUCAAUUUAGAUGAAGAAGAGGUGGAAGAGAGCCUAGAAUUCAAAGAUGAUUAUUCGUCUGGAACCAAUUCUUCAUUGGAUGGUGCAAAUGUGAAGACUAAUCGAGUUGUUCACCAUCUUCGGAAGGAAAAGCAGAAGAUGAAAUCUUUAUCCGGAGAACAAGGAUUAUCUUCCAAUUGGUCUGAUAAUGCUGUUAAAGGCCCCGCCGAGCAAAGAGAAUCUCCACAAAAUGUCGGAAACAAGAAGUUGAUUUUGAAGUUUAGCCUGCCUAACUUGAAGUCUUCACUUGGCAAAGAUGUCAGGGAAGGGUGCAACAACCAGGUUGCUACAUCAUCAUUUCGUCAAAUGGAUUUAGUAGCAUCAGAUCAUAUAGGGUCGGGUUAUGCAACAGUUGAGAAUGAAUGCACGAAUCUAGAUGCUGAUUUGGACACUGGAACACCUAAGUUGUCAGGUGAGGGUAAUAAGGGCAAGCAAGUGUCUGGAGUUAGUGGAGCAGAGGAUGCUCAAAUGUCUUCAAAAUUGGGGGGAAUAGGUUGUGAUUCUGGGCUUCUUCACAAUAAUCAAAAUAUUGUCAGAGAAAACAAUGUUGUUGGCCUAAAUGACAUUAAAAAACCAAGGCCGACUAUACUAAAAAUCAAGUCAAGAAUCUUGCCACAAUUGCCCCCUCCCAGGAAACUAAGUCCAGGUCAGAGCAUGACAGACGGUGAUGAAAGUGAAAGUGAAUCUUCUGCAGAUUCAUUUACUUACAGUACCGCUAAUCAAGAUGUUUCUGGUGAAUUACCUGAUGUCGCCACGGAUGCAACACGUAGGAAAAGAUCCUUGAGGUUGAAGGCGACCACAAGGGAACCUGAUGUUAUGAAUCAAAAGUAUAACAUCAACAAUGGAUAUACCCUGUUGGGUUCUCUAGCGACUGACACACGAUCGAGAAGAGCACUCAAUAAUUUUCCGUCAAGAGGGAUGCAGAUGUCAAAACCAACCAUCACGCUUAGGUCAUCUAAGUACAAAGGAGAAGGUUACUACAAUGAAGACAGAAGUCCACUAUCUGGGAGGAAUUCACUUGUUGGACUACGCAAGUCAAAUUGGUUGCUAUUGACAGAGCAGGAAGAAGGAUUUCGUUACAUACCUCAGCUUGGUGAUGAAGUGAUGUAUCUGAGACAGGGCCAUCAAGAGUACAUGGAAUCCAGCCAAAUGCUUCAAUCGGCUCCUUGGACAAGAUAUCGAAAUAUGAGAGCUGCCGAAGCUUGUCUGGUUGAUGACCUGGAAUAUUCGGCUGUUCCGGGCUCUGGGGAGAGUGGUUGUAAAAUCACAUUAAGAUUCCUGGACGACUCAUCAGAAUUGUAUGGACAGAUAUUUAAAUUCACUUUGCCUGAAUUGGACUUUCCUGAUUUUAUUGUUGAAAGAACAUGGUACAAGGCUUCCAUAAACAGAAACUGGGCUUGCGAAGAUAAAUGUUCAGUUUGGUGGAGAGAUGCAAAUGAGGCGGGCGGUGGUUGGUGGGAAGGUGAAAUAGUUUUGGUGAAGGACAAAUCUAGUGACUUCCCUGGUAGUCCUUGGGAGAGAUACACUAUAAGGUACGAUAGUGAUUUGGAAAGUUCACAUCUUCAUAGUCCCUGGGAAUUGCAUGACCGGGCUAAUAAAUGGGAUCAUCCUUGUAUUCAUCCUGAUGUGAGAUUCAAGCUGCUGACUUCUUUCACUAAGUUGCUUGAUUCAGCUGGAAGAAACCAGGACCUUUAUGGGAUCCUCAAGUUGGAAGAAGUUUCUCAGAAGGAAGACUUCGCUAACAAAUUUCCAGUUCCGUUGUCACCUGAAGUAAUCAAGUUAAGGUUAGACAAGAAUUACUACAGGAAGUUGGAUGCUUUGAAGCAUGAUGUGAGGGUGAUGAUAGCGAAUGCUCGGUCUUACUUUGGCAAGAAUAAGGAGCUCUCAUCUAAGUUGAACAGACUAUCUGAUUGGUUUGACAAGACAUUCUCAAAGUUCUGA